CUGAAACUGAAAGAUCUUGCUGACUGUCUGACCAAUAAGGCAAAAGAUAGCGAAGAGAAGCUUUUUUUUUUUUGCUUCUUUCCAACAUAAACAAGACAACCCUGGAGCCAGAGGACCAAGGAGGAACAUUCAGACAAACAGGGACAUUUGAAGGAUGCAGGACGGGAGUUGGAAUCAACCACUCCCCAUUUCAGUGCUGCUCAAGGAUCCAGCAGCAGGUGGGACUACAGAGGGUGAUGUGGGUGUGUUUUCUGAGGCCUCCUCUGGUGGAGAACUCUACCAUGUCUCAUCGACAGAGCUGGAUUCUGGACAUGGGGACUUCGCAGAUCUAACUGCCUUCUUGAGUGCUGAGGAGAUUGAUCUUAGCCUGAACUUGGCCCGGGAGGCCUUCAGUGAAGCAGGUGAAUGUGAAGAUCAAGACCCCUCUAGUCUUACACAGCUGGAGCAGGCUCUCCAAUCUGUCCCUUCCCCCUCUCAAGCUACUGAAAAUCUCAACUCAAGCCCAAACCUGCACCAUCAGACCAAAACUUCUUGCCUCGAUGACAGUGGAGCAGUUUCAGUUUCCUCCAGCCAGAAUGCUUCCAUCAUCAAACCUGUACAGCUCUCGAGUGGGACUCCAUCCUCAGCUGAGAAGGUUGUACGGCACAAGCCCAUUCAGCCUGUGUAUAAGCAAGAUAAACCAAGGCUGGUUCACGAAGGCCUCGAGCUGAAUGAUCGAUCGGCUUCAGCUACAGAGUUCUGCAGCCGAGCUGCCACUUUCAUUGAGGAACUGUCAUCCAUUUUCAAAGGUUCUGCUCAGCAGGUGGAAGAGGAAACCUCCUCUCCUGACAGUGGCUAUCUGUCCCCAAGAAGCCAGCAGACUGUCCCUCAGGGCUCAGUCUCUGCGUCCUCCCUCCUUCCAGGCCAACAAGAGGACUUACAGAAUAACUACACAGGAAUUGGAGAGGGGGGUUCUGCGAAGCACCUACAUUCUGGAGCUUCAACAACAUCCGAACCUCUGUCGCCACCUCAGUUCCUUCAAAAGCUGAAAAGUCAGGAAGUGGCUGAAGGGAGCCCCAUUCGUCUGGAGUGUAGAGUCCAAGGAAACCCGCUACCGCUCGUCAGGUGGUUCUGUGAAGGCCGCGAGCUGCAGAACUCCCCUGACAUCCAAAUCUGGAGGGAAGGAGACUUGCACACUCUGGUGAUCACUGAAGCCUUUGAGGACGACACGGGACGCUACACCUGCGUGGCCUCCAACAGUCUCGGAGCAGAUAAUACCUCAGCUGAGGUUUAUAUUGAAGGGGCUUCAUCAUCAGACUCGGAGGGAGAAGGAACGGCAUCAAAGUCAAGAUCAGAAACCAUGCCUCAAGCACAGAAAAAGACUAUUUCGAUGUCCUUGACAAUACGUUCGUCCUCACCCAAAACCCCAGAGGUACUUCCUCAUCACUCAAUUCUGGUCCAGUCCAUGUCUCAGCCUCCACAGCGGAUGCAGAGCCCAGUGUUCGCACUGCAUGGUGGUGAGUCAUCAGGCCCUCCUCUGUUUACAAAGCUCCUGCAGGAUGUCCAGGCAUCUGAGGGCCAGGCCGUGGUUCUGGAGUGCAGGGUCCGUGGAAGUCCUCCCCUCCAGGUCAAGUGGUACCGCCAGGGAAAUGAAAUUCUGGACUCGCCUGAUUUCCGGAUUCUUCAAAAAAAGCCUCGAUCUGCAUCUGAGCCAGAGGAGAUCUGUACCUUGGUGAUUGCAGAAGCCUUUCCAGAGGAUGGGGGUCUGUUCUGCUGCACGGCGUCUAACACUUACGGCUCUGUCAACAGCAUGGCCCAGCUUACUGUGACUCCAGCAGCUGAGGACUCAUCCAGUAAUGGCAUGUCUGGCGAUAGCUCAGGAUUUGAGGGUGCAACCUCCUUUCCUCCUCCUCCUCCCCCUCCUUCUCCACCACCCACAGAGAUCAGCCUCCUGGAGCUGCCACCUGAGAUGCUGCCUCAGCCUGACUUAGAUGCUUUCCAUGUCAAAGAGCUGGAGAUCUGGCCCAGUCUGUCACUUCUCCCACCGGUGCAAAUUACCUCAGAGGUAGAAGAUAAGGACAGGGAGAGAGGGCAGGAUCCUCUACAGAAUGGUCAACCUCCACAUCCACCAUCACCUCCAAGCUUGCCUAAAGAGACCCCACUCCCACCCCCACCUCCUCCUCUGCCACAGUCAGAUCCAACAACAAACAACCAAGUCACACCCCAAAUUCAGGCCCCCUUUGUACCAGAUUCUCCUUCGACCCUUGGCAAGCUGUCUCCAUCCCCCGGGAAAGAUGGUCCUCCACUGCCUACCAAGCCAAAACCAAAGCUAGCUGACAAUAUUGAGGAGAAGACUGAAUACUCCAGGAACGCAGCCCAGCUGAAGCAGCUGCAGGACCAGAUUCUGUUGGAGCAGCAGGAGGCAGCCAUCUGGCAACAGCAGCAGCACAUCCAGGAAAUCCCACCUCCACCCUUGCAAUUGCUUCAGGAAGCACCUCUACCUGCUCCACCAUCUCCGCCUCUACCCCCUCCUCCCUCCUUCCAGGAGCUGGAGAGCAGCACAGCCAUGCAGGCCAGUACCUUCAACUAUGCCCGGCCCAAGCAGUUCAUUGCUGCUCAAAGCCCGGGUGGGGCGGGCUACAUCGCCCACUCCUCUGGUUCCUCUGGGUCCAGCCUGUCCUCCCCCCUGUCUCCACCCACCUCUCACAAGUCCUUAAGCAGGGUCACCCUGCCUCCUUUCACAAAGGCUGGCAGCAUUGAGUCUCCGACCUCUCCUUCCUUCCCGCCCCCUCCUCCACCCUUCCUCAGCCCUAGCAACCUGUCCUCUCCAUCCGGCCUCGCCCAGGAUUUUCCCCCUCCUCCACCUCCUCCCCCCCCUCCUGUCUCCAUGUCUCCAGCAAACUCAGAUGUGUCGUCACCAUUCUCCUCAGUGCCUCCGUCUCCUGCCUCCAGCUUCCUGUCCUCUGUGUUGCCCUCCACACCUUCCACACCUGGCAGCCCCACAGUCAACAGCCUGGGCCUUCCCAAAGGCAACAGCACUGUCAAAGCGUUCCCCAGGAAGUCCUCGGUCACCAAGACGCCUCGCGUCGUCUCCGACUCCGACAUUCAGGGAUCCAAGGAUGCUGUGAUCCAGGAUUUGGAGAGAAAGUUGCGUUUUAAAGAAGAGCGCAUAGGCAAUGGUCAACAGAGGUUAACCUAUGAGGAGAAGAUGGCUCGCAGGCUCCUGGGGGCCGACAACGCUGCCACAGUUUUAAACAUACAGGACACAGAGGAGGAGCCAGUCACACAGGAAUACAAGUCAGCUGAUAAAGAAACUUACCCCCAAAAGGAGUACAAAGUGUCCAGCUUUGAGCAGCGCCUCAUCAGCGAGAUUGAAUUUCGUCUGGAGCGUUCUCCGGUGGAGGAGUCGGACGACGACGUUCAGCACGACGAAGACUCUGCCCGCCAGGGGGUGCCGCCUUCCUUCGACCAGAAGCUUAAACACUACAAGGUGUUUGAGGGCAUGCCAGUCACAUUCUCCUGCAAGGUCCACGGAGACCCCAAACCAAAGGUGUACUGGUUUAAAGAUGGCAAGCAGAUCUCCAAGAGGAGCGAACACUACAGGAUCAGCCGGGACCCAGACGGUACCUGCUCCUUGCACACGGCGGCAGCCUCACUGGAUGAUGAUGGAAAUUAUACCAUCCUGGCAGCAAACCCAGACGGCAGGGUAAGCUGUACCGGCAGGAUGAUGGUCCAGGCUGUGAACCAACGGGGCCGCAGCCCACGAAUGGCUCCCGGACACAUGCGCAGGCACCGGUCAAGGUCUAGAGACAGCGGUGACGAGAACGACAACAUCCAAGAGCGUCACUUCCGCCCCCACUUCCUGCAGGCACCUGGUGACCUCAUCGUCCAGGAGGGCCGCCUUUGCCGGAUGGACUGUAAGGUGAGUGGCCUGCCCACCCCUGACCUCAUCUGGCAGCUGAACGGACAGACCAUCCGUCCCGACUCUUUCCACAAGAUGCUGGUGAGGGAGAACGGUGUGCACUCUCUAGUCAUUGAGCCCGUGACAAGCCGCGACGCAGGCAUCUACACGUGCAUCGCCAGCAACAGGGCCGGCCAGAACUCCUUUAACCUGGAGCUCAUCGUUGCAGCUAAAGAGAUGCACAAGGCACCUUCAUUCAUGGAGAAGCUGCAGAACACGAGUGUCGCUGAGGGUCACCCUGUGAGACUGGAGUGCCGUGUCACGGGUGUUCCUCACCCACAGAUCUUCUGGAAAAGAGAGAACGAGUCAUUCACUCACAACACAGACAGAAUCAGCAUGCACCAGGACAACUGUGGCUACCUGUGUAUGAUAAUCCAGCCAGCUCUAAAGGAAGAUGCUGGUUGGUACACUGUGUCUGCUAAGAAUGACGCCGGCAUUGUUUCCAGCACCGCACGCCUUGACGUUCACACUCAGUGGCAGCAGCCAAACCUUCCGAAGCCCAAGAAGGUCCGUCCCUCAGCCAGCCGCUACGCCGCACUGACGGAGAGAGGUCUGGAUGUGAAGGCAGCCUUCUUUCCUGACUCCAGCCCGUUGCCACCCGGUGGCCUGGUGGAAAGUGAGGACCUGUGACAGAUCGUAUUUGACUCCAAACCCCCCUGCAAAUCCUGCCCAUGAUCCCCCUACACUCCUGAGGAAAGACCACAGAGAAGCAGGGGGCGGACUGAACUCUUGUCCACCACCACUGAACUGCAGAGGGGGAAGGUGCAGCUGUGGUUUCCUUGUUAUAAACCCUUUAAAGUAAAGAAAUUCAUCAAGGUGGCCUGGAAGGUGACUGAAGUGCUUAUAAUGAGAAAAGAGUUUAAGUGCCUCUUGAUUCUGUAAAAAUAUGAAACAAUGCAACACAGAUUCAGGAUGCAUGCUGACGCGGUGCCAACUGUAACACACAGACUUAAACUGUAGGUAGCGCCACUCACCAGGAGAAAAAUUCAUCUAAGCUUCGCUGAAGAUCACAGACCUGGGCCUGUGGAGUGCAGGUCUGAUAUCUGCGGUACUGGAUCCUAGUAUUCAUUGUCUGGUCAGAAAUUAAAGGGACUGGAGGAAGUCAGAUCUUCCACGCUGUAUGUUAUGUUGUAGAUGAAGGAAGGAUGUUUGGUAUGAUGAAGGUUUGAGGUUAAAGAGAGCAGAAUCUUAAGUGGAAGAGCAGGUGCACAGUGGGAUGAGACUGAGUAAUGGAAAACAUGGAAAAUUUUAAAGAUGAUGGUUCAUUUUGUUGAUUUUCUUCUACUUUGUAGCUUCCUUUUCUUCUAGCAGAGUGAAAUGCAAUGUUCUCACUGAUGAAAGGGUGCUGUGAAAGGUUUCAGUGUGGCUAUGCAGUACAGAUCAUACCAUUUUAUUUUUAUAUUUACCUUCCCAACCAUCUUAUCUUAAAUUAGAGCAUAGCUUAAAAAAAUGAGUGUUAUAAACAUUCAGUACUGCCUUAAAUCACACAAUUUCUUUGCAUGUUCUUUUCAUACAUCUGUAUAGUGGCAAGCAGCUUUUACCUGGAUGUACAAAACACAAAUUCUCUCAGUAUUCAGGGGUAACAAAGACUCAAAAUAACAAAAAAAGGAAAUUAAAGUAUAUUUAUACCUAUCAUUUUGUCACUUUUUAGACAUCUGUUGUAUCAGCUGACAUUAAAGUACUGACACAUUUCUAUGACAAUCAGUGACGGUAUAUGGAUUGUUCUCAUGAUUUUAUUUUAUCUCAUCAAAUAUAAUAAAAUUUCAGAUCUGAA